AAACAAAGCGAGAAAAUCACUAUGUAUUAAACUAUAAAUAUUUCAGUGACGGCCUAGCCGUUCUGCUUCAGAAAAACACAGAAAAACGAGGAAGAAGAAGAAGAAGAAAACGGAGAAAGAGAGAGCUAUGGCUAUGCUGUCGGAACCUGAAAACCCAUCACCAAACAUCUUCAUACCACAAGAAUGGUCGGAAGCUGCAGAUUCCAUUGCAUAUGAUUCUCUCACCUCGCCACCACCCAUUGCUUUAAUCUGCGGCGCCAAGAAUUGCGGGAAGACCACCUUUUCUCGUCACCUUCUCAAUGUUCUUCUCCAGAGGUAUAGGAAAGUAGCUUACUUGGAUACAGAUGUUGGUCAGCCCGAGUUUACUCCUCCUGGUUUGCUUUCUCUGACUGUGGUUGAUAAACCAACUGCAGAUUUGACAAUUCCAUGUCUGAAGACACCAGACAGAUCUUUUUUCUUUGGUGAUGUUUCCUCCAAAAGGAAUCCAACAGCGUACUUGACUUAUAUAUCUACCCUAUAUGAUUACUACCAAAUGGAGUACUCAACCUCCAACCUGAGUGAAAACCGUACUAAGACUGAAUUGCCUCUUAUUAUAAAUACACCAGGCUGGGUGAAAGGAGUUGGUUAUGACAUGUUGGUGGAUAUGUUGAAGCACAUGGCUCCUACCCAUGUUGUUAAAAUAAACAUAUCUGCUCAGAGUAAGAAUCUACCAGAUGGAGCAUUCUGGUUGGAUGAGGAUAGUUGUGGAAUGGUCAAUCUAAUUGAGAUUGGUUCAGCUCGCCAGGAUUCUUUUAAUAGAUCGGUUUUAGUUCAGAAGGAUGCACGCCUGUUGCGGGAUUUACGAAUAAUGGCUUAUUUCAGACAAUGCUUUCCAAGUAACCUGAAAAUCACUACUAUCAAAGAACUUGCUCAUGCACUGGCCUCUCACCCACCAUAUGAAGUUCCAAUAUCAAGUAUCAAGACUAAACAUCUUCAUUGUCAGGUCCCAAGUUCUGAGAUCUUCUACAGUUUGAAUGCAACCAUCGUUGGCUUAGCAGUUAGCUCUGAAGGGUCUGAAAAUUUACCUUGGUGUGUUGGUCUUGGAAUUGUGAGAAGCAUUGAUACAUUCAAGGGUCUGCUAUAUGUCAUUACACCAGUUCCUCUAAGCACUCUGGAAAAGGUUGAUCUUUUUCUGCAGGGUUUUAUCCAAAUUCCUACUUGUUUGUUGCAGGUUCAGGGAUGUGUAUCUCCGUACAUGUCUCAGAAUGCUUUAUCUACAAGCUAGAUCAUACGCUGUUGUUGUUGCCAAAACAUUGUUUUCCUUCCUCCACACUCAUCCGGCUAAUAUGUUACCUAACUGUGCAAGCGACAGCAGUAUGUAGAUAGGGUUGCUGUCUAUUUUAUCUGGUUCUGGUAGAUUAUAGAUUCUUCUCAGCGGACUUAAAAGUGGGAUUAUUAAGGAUGUUCAUAUUUAUAGAUAUUUUAGUAGUAAUUAAACUACUAAAAAAAACUCCGUUGUAACAAGAUUAAAAUGUUUACAGAGAUUUCAACAUUAAUCUUAAUCUCAGUCACAUUCCAAUA